AUGUCUGCAUGGAGAUUUUUCCAGAACAUGGUAUUGGCUCGACAUUGCUGCAGUCCAUGGACCCAGUCUUCAGUGUCUUCUAUUGCUGAUUUGGCAGGUGUUUCAGUGUCCCCUCCUUCAGUAAUGGCAAGGGUUGGGUUUGGUGUAGGGUUUCGGUCCAUGGGUGUUGGUGGAGGUGGUGGUGGUGAUGAAGUUGGAGUUGGUGGUUGUGGUGGUGGGGAGGGCGGUUGUGGAGGUGGUGGUGGUGGUGGUAGUGGCAAUGUGGUGGUGGCGGUGGUGUUGGUCGUGGAGGUGGUGGUGGAUGUGGAGGUUUUGGAGGAGGUGGUGAUUGUGGUGGUGGUGGCGGAGGAUAAGGAGGACGAUGAGGUGGUGGUGGUGGUGGUGGCAGUGGCGGUGGUUGUGGAGGUAAUGUGGUGGUGCAAGUGGUGGAGUUGGAUGUGGAAGUGGAGGUGGUUUUAUUUUCUAAAAUGA